CCUGGCAGUUACGGAGACGUCAUGAGCGUCUUACUACCCAACAUGGCGGACUUUGAUACCAUUUAUGAGUUAGACGAAGAAGAUGAACGUGUAGUGAGUGAAGAACACCUUGUUAGAUAUUGCCCAGAACCUGUGAUUAUGCGAGGGGCCGGACACAUUACCGUGUUUGGCUUGAGCAACAAAUUUGACACUGAGUUUCCCUCAGUUCUCACGGGAAAGGUGGCUCCUGAGGAGUUUAAAACCAGCAUCAGUAGAGUGAACGCUUGCCUGAAGAAGAAUCUGCCUGUCAAUGUGAGAUGGCUCCUCUGCGGCUGCCUGUGCUGUUGCUGUACAGUCGGCUUCAGCCUGUGGCCUGUAAUAUGCCUCAACAAAAGAACCAGAAGAUCUAUUCAGAAGUUGUUAGAAUGGGAAAACAACCGAUUAUAUCACAAGCUGGGCCUACACUGGAAACUCAGCAAAAGGAAAUGUGAAGGCAGCAAUAUGAUGGAAUAUGUUAUUCUUAUAGAAUUCCUACCCAAAUAUCCGAUAUUCCGACCGGACUGAGAAGGCUUUUGGGAGACCUUCAACGUGGCCCUUGACUCCCGUUCUUAGUGCCUUGUAUAUAUGUUGGAAUAAGGGUCUACACUGUUGUCUCCACGUCCUGUAAAUCUCCCUGUACCUUGUACAUUAGAAACUGCAACACUGUCACUUUGCUUUAGAGCAGACUUUGCACAUUUCCUGAUACAGUAGAACAGUCCUCCCUUUGUUGCACUCCCAAUACUUGUUUUUUUCUAGCGAUUUAAAGAAAUUAUACUGUUGAAAAAGUGCAUUUAGCCCAAAGAGCUGUCAUCGUUCGAGCCUGUGUGGUGUAUCAUGCGCUCUGGAAAGAAUUGGACCCUUCGUUAAACAUCCUUGCCUUAUGUAAAACAAAUAUACCAUGUUACAUAUAAUACAGGGGUACAAGCAUUUUGUAGUUCAGCAAGCUCAAAUGCAGUUUUUCGGGGCUACUCCUCAAAUCUUUUUGACUAGAAACAGAUGAGAUGGCGGAGUUUGCCAAACACACAGUUCCAGUCGGCAUCAUGGAUUUAUUCUCCACUUUGAAACUUUCCCUCUGUACAGGGAAACUUCAAAACAACUAAACCUGUAAAUAUGUUUGGAGGCUAUUGUUUACAGUGUGUAGAUGUUUCAUUUUGCCUCUAUAUGGCUCUACCAUAGUUUUGUUUCUAAAUAUGUUGCUUUUUCAGUUAACUUAGGUCUGUUCACCUAUUCUUAGCCAUAUGUAAUAAUUACAAUGUACGUGAUGCCAGUUAGGACUGAACAAUGCACUUGAGCUGAUUGAAAAUGUCCAGAUUUCAGAAGACGGUUGACUAGUUUUACAAUGACACAAAGGGUGCAUGUUACCGUCGCCAACUUAGGAGGUCAGUGUGUUCCAUUUGAACGUGUAAUGACUGCUUUUUGAUUUAUUGUGUACAGUUGGAAACUUUGCACGUCAGUGUUAUUUUGUUUUGUCAAUCGUUUUCAUGCAGCUUGGUUUUAGUGUUAAUUUUAUAGUUUUGUAUUUUCCCCAUUAGUGUUUUGUCCUCGUUUGGUUGUGUUAAAAAGCAAAUACAGCCCAGAAUACAUGACAUAUUUUUGUUUGUAACUCUGUAUGCAGUUAAGUGUUGUUUCCUUCUCUUUUUGUUAUAGCCCAGAGUCAGCUGUUACAGUGCCUGUCAAAAGAUAGAUUAACCAUAGUCAGAGAGGCUUGGAUGGACAUCUGCUCACUUGUAGCUUAUAAUGGAGAGCCCUGAACCACAUCCCCAGUAUUGGCCCCUGUUACAGAGUUCUUGUAAAUGUUCGUUAUGACAAUUCAAUUCCCACGUGGAAAACUGAAAUUCAUUUUUAUUUUUCCUUAGUCUCCAGGUUUGUCCAACACAAGCUGAUGUUAACUUCCGACAUGUUUACUUCAGCGCCUCACGGUACAUCGCUGUGUCACUGAAGUUAUACUGACCUCUGGCAACAUGCUUGGGCCAGAACCUGCAACUAAAAUGUGGCUAUUUAUGUUUUACAAGGUGUUACAUUUUUAACUUAACAAGAUGGCCGGUAAUUACCUGACACAUUUGUUAAACUCCAGAAAGGAAAACUCCGUAAUUAACCAGUAAUUUCACAGUAAGGCCUUGGCUAUGAAGUUUGUGCCCAAAAUCAAAUAGGUUACUAUACCAGCCCCCCCCCCCCCCCCCUACAUCCACUGGAGCUUUAUUGUAAUGAAUGAAGGGUAGCUUUAUAGAGCCCCUUUUGUUCUUCGGUUUAUUGCUCACAUUGUGCUGUCAAAGUAGCGAUCCAGGGAAGUUGUUUCCUCAGUGGGUCACUGUAGCAGGCGUUCUCCCAAGCUAAAGGAAUAUCGCGGGGUUGUUUAACGUGUAGCAUCCUCCCAAUUGUCUCACACAACGGGUUUCCUUGACAGUGUAGCACCAUACCAAGACUUGGGGACAGGUGACCGGGUCUCUCCUCCCUGUCCUCCAGGGGGCAGACUUGUGCACCAGGAGGGAAGCCAAGGUGUGUGAAUAAGACGUAUACAGUGGGACUGUCAGUCCAUUUUGUUACUCGGUCACUUUUCAGUCAUUGUCUUUUAUGAAUUAAACCUGACCCAUAUUCAUUCACCAUUAUACUGAUCCCGGUACGGGACGGAAAAAGCAAGUGUGGGCCGAUAUUCAGAAUAAACAUUAUUGAAGCUA